AUGUCGUCUCGGCGACCGCCCCUCGCCAACGUCCCCAAUGCCGCCAAUUCGCCCCAUCGAAGUAGCAACUCGGCUGCAGUAAAGCGUGCUCGUACCGGAUCCGAGAUGGGAUCUCGGAUCGACUUGCUCUUUGGUCAGCCACCUGCCAAAAAGCAAUUCGUGGACCGAGAAGAUCACCACGCUGCUGGCACCGGACCUGGUUCCCCUUCGAAAGCACGGACAAUGGCUGCUCCUCAGAUGAGUGUUGAAUCUAGGAUGUUCUCACGGAGGAGUCAUGCUUCACAAUUGACUCCCUUCGAGAAGAAGUUGAUGGCAGUGAGAGAGCAGAAAGAUUCUGGUGCAGCUCAAGCACCUAGAAAUUCGAGAUAUGAUAAAGUCUCUGCCGAGAAGUUGGAUAAUAUUCGGCAAUGGCAGAGACAUUAUCGCAAGGCAUUUCCCAAUUUCGUGUUUUACUUUGAUAGUUUACCGGCGGAUGUCCGUAACCGAAGCUUGAGGGAAGUGCUUGCAUUGGGUGCGCGCGAGGAAAGGUUCUUUUCCCGAACAGUCACCCAUGUUGUCACCUCUCGUCCAAUUCCAGAGGUCGAUGUUCCUAGCCCGACUGAAGCAACUCAGAAUGAUCAGGCAGCGAUCGAAAACCCCCCUCAGACUGUCAACCCUGUUCUUCUGGAACGCAAUGAUAAUAGAAGAGAUCAUGGGAACAACACAGAUGUGCUGUAUCGUGCUCGUCAAAUGGGCAUGAAAAUUUGGGCCAUUGAAAAACUACAGCGAAUGUUGACAGCCAUCCACGAACCAGACACGUCAGCUCCAUAUACCGGUGGGCGUGCCGGCUCUAUAUCUGCCAAGGGCCGUGGAGAGACAGAACUUUCGCAAGUUCUUCGCAAUGAACGCUUGCAUGGACCUGCUGACCGUGAUCCAUCUCAGUUGAUGAAGGAUUUGGUCUUCUUCCGUGGCCCCUUCAUCUAUGUUCACGACAUGGACGAAAAGACACGCCCUGUUAUGGUGAGAGAGUAUCCCAAAGUUCCAAUUAAAGAAGACGGUCUUUGGCCACAGUUUCGCAGCGCUCCUAUAGGGAAGUGCCCAUUCAUUGAGGAGCCACCUUCGAAGAAAGAACUUGCUCAUAUGAAGGAAGAGAAGAAGAGGCAACGACAGGAGAAGGUUUCUGUCAAGGAUGGGGCCAAAGACGAAAAUGUACCCCAGGCACAGAAUCGGGCGCAGCCUGCUAAGCAAGAAAAGGAAGAUGCGCCGGUGCAGGUAAAAUUGGACGAAGAGGAGGAUGCCGCUAUGCUAGGACCAGCAGACAAUCUCAAACCAUUAUCCGUUCGACCUGCACCGCCUCGCACCAAGUCGGAGAACCACCCAGCGAAACCCAUUGGAAAGAUUACAGCGUGGCCAAUGCUCCGCGAACCGGCUGCUUCAGGCGUACAGCCAUCGAACAUCACAUCGGCUAUCCGAUCACAGAUGGUUUCAUCGACAGCCGCCGCACCUGGUGCAAAGGCAGGACUGAGCAAAGAAGUACACGAACUGAAAAGAAAAGUUUUGGAAAAGAGCAACGGAAGCAUGACAACCAGUGCCAAUCCGUCCUCCCACAGACCCAUGGAUGCACCGAUCAAUGCGAGACCUGCAUCUGCCUCUGCCGGUAGCAAGCGCCCAAGAGAGCAAAUGGGUCAUGUCCACGAAGAAGACACAACGCAAUCGGAGGACAAUGGCAGCAACAAUGUAUCACAAAACACGGACCGUAAAGGGGCUCUGCAGAAGAAAGCCGUCAAGGAGAAACAGCGUGACCCGAAACCGGGUUACUGUGAGAACUGUCGAGACAAGUUUGACGAUUUCGACGAGCAUAUAAUGACUAGGAAGCACCGCAAGUUUGCGAUGACGCUAUCUAACUGGACCGAGCUAGAUGCCUUGCUCUCAAAGCUUGAGCGCCCUUUGAAACCUGGAUACUAA